AUGGAAAGGGAUAUUUUUACUUGGUCAGAUCCAGUAAAACUCGUUACUCUCUCUAGUUCAAAUGUUCCUAUUGCGAUGAAACAUUAUGUACAGGAAAGAACUACAAACAGUGAUGGAUCAUCAUUAUCUUCUGUACUUUUAAAAAUGGGAGUAGCUGUAUUUACAAGUAUGCGUAUUCCACUACGAACACUUGAUAAACCGAUUCGUGAAGAUUUUGCUUGUCUUUCUAUUACCCCAUGGAGACAAAAUGGUCAAUUUAUAGUGGAUUUUGAUUUAAAUAGCAAUAUACCAGUAGUGGUAGAAAAUCGAACGAAACGUUCACUACAAUAUGAACAAAUUUAUAAAUCUUCAUUGGAUUCAAAACGGAUAUUUCAUUCAUAUAUUGUUGAACCCUUUACAGAUGGUGUCACUUGUUUUGAAGGAGAAGAUGCUACUCCUAUGAUUCGUCUCACAUUAUUUGGAGGAAAUGAAUCUUCUCAAAGUUGUAUUAUUGAUCUUGUGAAGGAUGCAUCUAAACGUGAAGCUGUAAAGGUUUCAAAAGAUAUGUUUGUUCUUUGUACAUAUGAUUAUAAUCUUCAACGUUAUUAUAUUUCGGUAACUACAGAUCGAUCACUUGAGAGUACACUUUUAUUUCAA